AUGACUUCAGUCUUAAAGGGACUCCUACCCGACUUUACCUAUUACUUCAAAAUACAGGCCCGUAAUAACAAGGGUUACGGACCUAUAUCUGCGGAGCUUUGCCCCCCAAUUCUCAAGGAUCCCUCUACGACACUCGCAAUAUAUCAACGAACACACUAUACAUCAUAAUAGCGAUCAUAUCAGGCAUUUCAGUGCUGCUACUCAUAGUUGUGGGC